AUGAAUGAAACUCGUUAUUAUUUGGGAAAUGAAUGGCAUGAUCUCAAGCUGGGUAACAACGUUCAAGAAGGGUAUCAAUGUGAUUUUCAGUUUGUUAUUGACAAAGCAAAGGUAGCUAAAGAACUGCUGGUGCGCGUUCGUUCAAACGGCUCACUGCAUUGGGUGCUGCAAACAAUUAGGAAUGUGCUAAACUAUGCUCGCAAUUUACCUACAUUUUCAUAUAGAUUUCGCAUAGAGGUCAAUGCUACCGAUUUGCAGCCGGGAAGUAGAAUUAACAUCUCUGACUGCCAGAAACCUGAAUCUGCAUAG